AUGGAGCAAGUAGUUGAUAAAGAAGAAAUGUUCGUAGUCCUUCACGAACUGAUUACAAUGAAACGAGACUUGGCGUACGAACAAGUUCGAAAAGUAUUACUAAGCUCAAGAAUAUUCGAGGAAAAAUCUGGAUCAAAAAAAUGUAAAAUUAGCGAUGAUGCUCCACUUCCGGUGUCGAGUGCAUUGAGCACAAAUAAUAUGGAAAUGGUUGAGAAAUUUAUGCGUAUCUAUCGAGAUAACAUGAAUAAUACAAAUAGUUACAUGAUCGAAAGAGAUUUGAUAAGAUGCGCAAAGCUGAUUCAACACCACACAUUCAAUACUUCUCCUCAUAAACGACUUGCCAAGUUUCUAAUGAUUAUCACUUUAUCACCAGUAGAAAAGAUUGAAUGGAAAAAUGAAGUUAGAAUGAACUUAGAUCAAGGUGAUGAAGAUGAAGUUUCAAACUAUAUCCUAACCAAAUUUCAAACGCGAAAGAUUUGCUUCAAAAAUCCGCUUGUUAAUUGGGAAAAAGCACUUGAGGAAGCACGUAUUAUUGCGAAAGAAAAUCAAAUCGACAUUGAAGAAGAUCAGCCAAAGAAAAAUUCUCUAUUUAAAAGUAUUCUAUCACGAAAACAUAAUCAAAUGAAUGAACGGCAAUGAUCAUCUGCUGUGAAGAAUAAGACCGUUCGAUUUCCCGUUUCGGGAAUGUCGCUAAAUCCGUAUGCAUUUUUUGUCAAAGAGCAAUUUGAUGGCAAGACGAAACUUGUUGCUAAUCUGAAAAAUGCUGAAGCUAUGACGAAUGUUGCAGAAGCAUGGAAGAAGCUUGAUGAUUCUAAAAAGGAGGAAUACAAACAGAAAUCAAUCUCAUAUCGAGAGGAAAAGCUUCAACAAUUCAAACAACUUUCGGAGGAAGAGCAGAAGAAAUUAAUCGAGGAAUCAGUGGCGCAAAAGGCGGAAAGGGCGAAAAGGCGUGAACGAAAAGCUCGACGUGAAGAGUGGGAGUCAACCGGAAGACCGUCGAUCCCGCCAAACUCGUAUGCACUCUUUGUUAAAGAGAAGGUUAUCAAUGCGAAAUCUGCUAAUAAGAACGUCGACGUCAAUAUCGUAGUUCGUGAUGCGGCACAGGAAUGGAAAUCUCUUACUAAUGCUCAGAAAAAGAAGUUCACUGAUGAAGCUGAUAAGUUGAAAAAUGAAUAUCAUGCGAAAUUGACCGAAUGGAAAAGUAAAAAUGCGCAUAAAUCUGCGUCACCAUCAAAGUAA